UGACAUUUUACUGAGUCAUAUUUUCUGAUACACGAAUUAUGUUGUUGGGUCGGAUUGCAUUUACUGCCUAUAAUUACUAAUUUUGUAAUAUACUUUCAUCGUCACCAUAUUUUAGUAAUAUAAAAUUAAAAUGGCUGCUACCAGGAGGCUUCAAAAGGAGUUAAACGACAUCAGGCAAUCGGGAUUGAAGUCAUUUAGAGACAUUCAAGUCGAUGAAUCUAAUAUUCUUACAUGGCAGGGCUUGAUCGUACCCGACAAUCCCCCUUACAAUAAAGGUGCCUUUCGUAUUGAGAUUAAUUUCCCAGCUGAAUACCCAUUCAAACCCCCCAAGAUUAGUUUCAAAACAAAAAUCUACCAUCCCAACAUUGAUGAAAAAGGUCAAGUGUGUCUACCUAUAAUUAGUGCUGAAAAUUGGAAACCAGCUACAAAGACUGAUCAAGUUAUCCAAGCUCUAGUAGCACUUGUAAACGAUCCAGAGCCGGAGCAUCCAUUACGAGCUGAGCUUGCAGAAGAAUUCCUAAAAGACAGGAAAAAGUUCACAAAGAAUGCAGAAGAAUUCACCAAGAAACAUAGUGAAAAACGGCCCACAGAUUAAAGUCGCCUAGUACAAAUUUCUUUGACUUUACAAUGGUAAAUGGCAUUUUCAAUAUGAAACAAGUAUUUUAACUUAUGUGUGCAUUUAACCUAUAAAAGUAAAUCGAUCAUCUUUUCUCUUGUUCAGAAAGAACUCAUUCACUACUGUAAAGUUAAAGGUUUUUCUGUAAGGCUAGGUAAUGUUACUCCUCAAUCACUGCUUGCAAGACUUGCACCUUACUGUAAGUAAUUUAAAGAUGCAAAUACAUAUUGGCCAAAUAUAAAAGCUUAAAAUCUUAGCUUAGUUUUUAUUAUCUGGUCAUUUAAGUUUUUUUUUAUAUGUGAGAGUUAUUUGCUUAUGUUGUCAAUUUUUUAUUUAUAUUAGAACCAUUGUGGAACUAAACCUGAUGCAUUUGAAGUAAAUUUCUGUUGUCGUCACUCGGAAAGACUAGCUUUGUUUAUAAACUUGUAAAUAGGUGUCAUGAUAGUAAUUGCUAAUAUAUCUCUGAUCUUAGUAUGAACAAUUUAUUAAUCAAUUUAUGACUUACCUGUGUUUCCGUGGUUCAUACUGAACAGAAUACCUUAAUUUAUUUGUUGCAGGUAAUUUUGCAUUAUGUUAAAUAUUAAAAUUUAGUUUCAAUAUUUUACCUGACAAUAAGCCACAUUUAUCUAAAUACUGAAACAUGAAGUAGCUCUGCUAAAUUGGCAAUUAAAAUCACAGAUAUUAUUAGUGUGACUGUCCAUUCAAUUUCUUAAGUUAUAAUCUUGUAUUGAACAAUUUAAUGAGAGAACUCUAAAUACAUCUUUUCCACAUA